AUGAGAAUGCCUGUUAACGGGCAAAAUCAUGAGCCACCGAAGGAAGAGGAGCCGUUUGGGUUGGGCUGUGCAUUGGAAUACUUCGCUGAGCAUGAGGAAGUUUUCGGGAUGAUAGAUAACCUAACAAACAUCGCUGGUUCCGAAACUAAUGUGAUAGAAAAGGCAUAUGAAAAAUUCAAUUUCAUACUGAGUCAAUACAUUGAACAGCCCCAUUUGAUAGAUUCCCACAUAAAUGUGUUGCUGGAGAAAUUCAUUGUCAUUGUUCGAAGUAAUGAUAGUCCUAUGGAGUUGAAACAUCUAGCAUUCAAGUUCAUGUUUGUGGUUGUUAAUGUGAGGGGAUAUAAAGUGAUUGUGAGGCAUCUACCCCAUGAAGUAGGUGAUUUUGAACCUGUUUUACAAUUACUGGAAAGACAAGACCCUAGUGAUCCAGAAACAUGGACUACACGCUAUAUUCUGCUACUGUGGCUUUCUAUAAUUGUUAUCAUCCCAUUCCACAUGUCAAGAUUUGAUGGUUUUGAUAACAGUGAUGAAGAAAAAAAGACUGUUAUGGACAGGGUCUUGACUAUUAUCAAAACAUAUGCAGUUGUCUCUGAUAAGUGUAGAGAUGCUGCUGCUUAUUUAGCCCACAAAUUCAUCACAAGAAAUGAUGUCAAAGAAAAACACCUCUCAACAAUUCUGGAAUGGGUAAAAGAACUAAGUCUCUCAGAGAACAGUAAUGUUUUUGUCAAGUAUGGAACUCUAGCUUGUGUGGCUACAAUUCUGAAACAUGGAAAACGUGAGGACUUGUUACCAUAUGCAAGGAAUUUAUUGGAGUGGAUUGUCAAUGCAGAAUUCAGGAAAAACUCUGGCUCCAACAUCCAAAAGCUUGUCUACAAAAUCAUUCAGAGAAUUGGACUGACUUUUUUGCCUCCAAGAAUUGCCUCCUGGAGAUACAAAAGGGGCAAUAGAUCCUUGGCAGCAAAUUUAAGUUCUGGGGAUGGUUCUGUGGCUAGUGCCCCCAAAGAAUGCAAAGAGGAAGUGGAAAAUGAUGAGGAAAUUGAAGUUCCAGAUGAAGUUGAAGAUGUCAUUGAUCAGUUAAUAGAAGGAUUGAGGUGCUUAGAUGGAGUUGUAAGGUGGUCUGCAGCAAAAGGUAUUGGAAGAGUAACUGGUAGGUUACCUAAGGAAUUAGCUGAUGAUGUGGUGGGAUCAAUUUUGGAGACAUUCAGUCCCAGGGAAACAGACAGUGCUUGGCAUGGGGGUUGUCUUGCUCUUGCUGAACUAGGCAGAAGAGGCUUACUGCUGCCGGACCGUUUACCGCAAGUGGUACCAGUGGUGAUGAAAGCACUGGUCUACGACGAACCCAAAGGGUACGCCUCAGUGGGUUCUCACAUCAGGGACGCCGCUUGCUUUGUUUGUUGGGCGUUUUCCAGGGCGUAUGACAGCGAAGUUUUGGCCCCUCACGUCCAAGAGAUAUCCAGCAGUUUGCUGGUUGUCACUUGUUUUGACAAAGAGAUAAAUUGCAGACGAGCAGCCUCGGCAGCUUUCCAAGAAAACGUCGGCCGACAGGGUAACUUUCCUCACGGCAUCGAAAUCCUCACUGUCGCCGAUUUUUUCUCCGUCAGCGUCAGGAAUAGCGCUUACCUGACUAUCAGCACGUUCAUAGCGCAGUUCGAGCAAUACAGAAGGCCCUUGAUCGACCAUUUGCUCAAGAGGAAGGUCGAUCACUGGGAUACCAGCAUCAGAGAAUUGACAGCCAAAGCAUUUCACAAUUUGACACCGACGCUUCCUUCCUACUUGGUGGACACCGUAUUGCCUUCUCUAUUCGAAAAAUCGAUUUCCAUAGAUCUGAAUAGCCGACAUGGCUCAGUAUUGGCAAUCGGAGAGAUCCUCUAUGCCCUGUCUAAAAUAGCAAAGGAACGCAAUCAGACAAUUGACACUCUAUUGACGGAGGACCUGUUGACGAAAACGAAAAAUUUGGUACCGAUUUUUCGAGAGAGGCUUUACUUUAGAGGCUUAGGGGGAGAGCUGAUGAAGCAGGCUUGUUCUGAUUUCAUCGAGAAGUGUUCCUUAGCCGCCUUGCCUUUCCAUAAAGAUGAUGUUAUUGAGGACUGGCUUCAGUUGCUCACCGAGUGUUUCUCCUACGAGGUCGCUGUCAUCCGAGCGGCGGCUGUCAAAGCGCUGCCAACCUUACUAAGCGAAUACUAUGUGGCGAAACCUGACAGGUGCGACGCCAUCGUGAAAACGUUCAACGAGGAGCUGCUGUCGCACAGCAACGAGCACACCCGAAUGGGGUUCGGGCUGGCGUUGGGGUGCCUACCGAAAUUCGUUCUGCUGGGGAAUUUCGAUGAAGUGGUGUCUGCACUGAUGGAGGCCAGCAAAAUCACCCCCAAUACUGCGAAAUGGGCGGAAAGCAGAAGGGAUUCAGUCAAAGCUUUGUCUUCGGUGUCUAGGACGAUGGCCGAAAAUUUGGGGAAGGAAUUUAGUGAAGACCAUGUAGACAAAAUCUACGGUAUCCUGUUGGAAGGUCUGAAAGACUACACUCAAGAUAAAAGAGGGGACAUUGGGGCAUGGACCAGAGAAGCCUGCGUGCUAGGUCUGCAAACUUUGACGUUCCUGUUGAGCGAAAAUCGACCGGAGAUGUUGAACGAAGACCUGUUGAACAGAAUCUUAUCGGGAGUAGCGCAGCAGGCUGUGGAAAAAAUCGAUCGCACUAGGGCACUAGCUGGUAGAGUGUUCUACAGCAUUAUUUAUCAUGAUCCCCGUAUUCAGAACAUCGCACAUCAAGACGAUCUAUGUCGAAUUUUUCCCAAGGAAGAAUGCGAUCUUUUGAAUUGGAAUUCUGCAUCUUCAACCUUCCCUAAAUUCGUGCAGCUUGUUCAAUUGCCUUCAUACAGUUAUAACUUGAUGUUGGGGCUCGUUUGCAGUAUUGGAGGAAUGACUGAGAAUCUGGUGAAAAACUCCAGCUCUUCUCUAUUCGCAUACCUGAAAACGGUUGACGAAUCGAAAGGUUCUUCAGAGAUUCGAAGGAUUUGCGAUAUCGUAUUGAAACUGUUUACCGACCACCAGAAGGUCGAUCGGAUCACCAUACCGAUGUUCAGAUUCUUGGACAAAUUAUUCGAUUCCGGCUGUAUCGAUUGUAUGGUGAAAGAUAGCGAGACGGAAUUUUUCAAAAAAAUACUGAGGCUGAUACAAGCCGAGAUAUCGGCUUGCAAGGAUAUUUACAAGUUGAUCGACGGUAUAACUGUACUUUGUCAGUUGAUUCAGGCUUGGCCCUACUUUCUCCUGUUCAUGGUUUUGGAGAACGUUAUCUUAUGGUCGGAUAAGAAGCACGACGCAUAUAGACUCAACGAUGGUUUGACAAGUUUGUCCCAUGGAUUGAUACAACAUUCCGGAAAAUUGUUGUUUCGUGGUGGAGAAAGCUUCAUGUACUUCUAUUUAUACGAAAAGUUCCGCCUAGUCAACCUACCUUGGGACACUCCCUUAACUUGGUAUUUGGCUGCAGUCGGAGUUGAUUUUUGCUACUAUUGGGUACACAGAGCCUGUCAUGAGGUUCACAUUUUGUGGGCGCAACAUCAAGUCCAUCAUAGUUCUGAAGAAUUUAAUCUGGCUGUUGGUUUGAGGCAGUCUUUGGUACAAGGAUGGUGUGGAUUUAUCUUCUAUCUUCCAUUGGCUUUCUUUAUUCCACCAGCUCAUUUUAUAACGCACCAACAGUUCAAUUUGCUGUACCAAUUUUGGAUUCACACCAAAACGAUCACCACUCUGGGGCCUCUGGAGUACAUUUUCAAUACCCCUCAACAUCAUAGGGUCCAUCAUGGCAGCAAUAUUUACUGCUUGGACAAAAAUUACGGUGGGGUUUUCAUCAUUUGGGAUAGGAUUUUUGGAACGUUUGCUAGCGAAAAACAAGACGAAGAAAUCAUAUAUGGUCUCGUCUACAAUCAACCCUCUUUCAAUCCACUACACUUACAGACAUUUUACACUGAGUAUGUCAUUGAUAAAUUCAAGAGUAUGCAGAGUUGGCGUUACAAAUUGGCUGCCGUAUUUUAUGGGCCUAGUUGGCAACCUGGCAAACCUAGGUUGGGGCUUGAAGAAGAUAAAAUAAAGAUCGUAGCUAGAGAAAAAUAUGAUGUGAAGCUUCCAGUUUGGUGUGAUAUUUACCUGCUGGCUCAUUUUUGUGUUGUGGUUUAUGGAUUUCAACAACUUGCUGCUCAACACAUGAGUAUGAAUCCGUUUUCAGUGUUGGCCUUCGUGAUCUACAUCAUAGCAUCGCUGACCACCAUCGGGAUGUUAUUCGACAACUGUCCCUACGCAUGCGCGUUCGAGCUGCUCCGAUGCACGCUAUUGGUCACCGCCAUCCAGAGGAUGGGCUUUCCGGACAUAGAUGGCGCUGUUCUCUUUUCCGUCGAGGUGUUUUUCAUGGUUUCUGGAUUCUUCUGGUUCCUGCAGACCAUCAAGGUUCUGCAGAUUUCGACUAAGUUGAAGUCGGUGUGAGGGGGUGGGUUAGUUUGUCGACUGACAGUGAUUCUGAUUUGUGAUAGAUACAUGUGAUUUAGUGUAAGUUGUUUUGAAAUGAGUGAAUUGAAGGGAUCUUUGAUUUUCUUGUGGAAGAUAUUGUGAAUAUUGUACAUAAUUAUACUUUAUUUUGGUUGUUAUAUAACUUAUUGAACUAUGAAUAAUAAUACAUGAUAUUGAAU